AUGAAAGGAGCCCUCAGCACUGUGCCCCACCCACCACCUGGCCCACGCCCGGAGGUGCGGCGCCCACGCGCAGGGAGCGGCGACUCGGGCAGUGACUCGGAACUCCUCAGCCCGAGCAGAUCGGGGGAGCUCUCUGAUCGUUCGCGGGACGUGCGCGACGUGCGGGAUGUGCGGGCAGAAGCAUCGCACGUUGCAGCGACGUUGCAGCGGGUGCGUCGGUUGCCCAUGAUCUCUGAAGAGGACAAGAAACCAUCCUUAGAGAAGUUGGUGGAAGAGCGUGACUUGCAGCGGCAACGACGAUUCAAGUUCCAUGGCCACGCCUUGCAGUGGAGUCGCCAAUCCGAACUCAUGCAGCAAUUUGACGUGGACGAAUAUGCUGCCUUCUUUGAUGGUGACCACUGA